GGCCGUCCACAUGGCCGCACCGCCGAGACACGGGUCGCGCGAGAGCACGCACGGCCUGGUGCUUUAACUCUCCCCUGCCGCACACACUACCACUGGUAGCGUCGUCCCGGGCGCGGCACACGUAGCGUGGAUUCCCUGGCUACUGGCUAGCUAGGUAGGUAGCUAGGUGACGGCUGACGACGGGAGGAUCGGAGGGGAUGGCGGCGAUCGGCAGGGCGGCGGCGCUGGUGCUGUUGGUGCUGUGCGCGCUCCGGCAGGAGGCGGCGGCGCAGCGGUACAACGCCAUCUGGAGCUUCGGCGACUCCAUCUCCGACACCGGCAACCUCUGCGUCGGCGGGUGCCCGUCGUGGCUCACCACGGGGCAGCCGCCCUACGGAGAGACCUUCUUCGGCCGCCCCACCGGGCGGUGCUCCGACGGCCGCGUCAUCAUCGACUUCCUGGCCGAGCACUUUGGGCUGCCGCUGCUGCCGGCGUCCAAGGCCGGGGGCGACUUCAAGAAGGGCGCCAACAUGGCCAUCAUCGGCGCCACCACCAUGAGCUUCGACUUCUUCAACUCCAUCGGCCUCAGCGACAAGAUUUGGAACAACGGCCCGCUUGACACCCAAAUCCAGUGGUUCCGCCAGCUCCUCCCAUCCGUCUGCGGCAAAGAUUGCAAGAACUACCUGUCCAAGUCCCUGUUCGUCGUCGGCGAGUUCGGCGGCAACGACUACAACGCCGCGCUCUUCUCCGGCCGGACCAUGGCCGAGGUCAGGGGCUACGUGCCCAGGGUCGUCAGCAAGCUCAUCCGCGGCCUGGAGACAAUCAUCAGGGCCGGGGCGGUGGACGUGGUGGUGCCCGGGGUGCUGCCGAUCGGCUGCUUCCCCAUCUACCUCACCCUCUACGGCACCUCCAACGGCGCCGACUACGACGGCGACGGCUGCCUCAAGAGCUACAACGGCCUCUCCUCCUACCACAACGCCCUGCUCAAGCGGAGCCUCGCCAGCCUGCAGAGGACAUACCCCCACGCCAGGAUCAUGUACGCCGACUUCUACUCCCAGGUCACCCACAUGAUCAGGGCCCCUCAGAACUUCGGGCUCAAGUACGGCCUGAAGGUGUGCUGCGGCGCCGGCGGUCAGGGCAAGUACAACUACAACAACAAGGCGCGGUGCGGCAUGUCCGGUGCCAGCGCCUGCGCCGACCCCGGCAACUACCUCAUCUGGGACGGCAUCCACCUCACGGAGGCGGCCUACCGCUCCAUCGCCGACGGCUGGCUCAAGGGCCCCUACUGCAACCCUCCCAUCCAGCACUGAUGAUCCAUCAACCAUGAGAUCGAGUUGUAUUGGUCAUUGGUGUGUGUUGUCUGUUUAGGGAUAAUCUCCAUGUGUGGAUCGAUGUAGUAGUCACAACGAGUGAUUGAUGGGUUUGUGUUGUUUAAUUCGGUUAGUUGUUGAUUAUUCAUGGGGCUUAGGUCGUUUAAUUUGGGUGUGCUGGGGGAGAAUGAAUAAAGGUGUUAUGAAUUAUUUGCAAUUA